AUGACUCAACUGGAGACCAGGCAACAGGACUUCAAAAACACAGUGGAGUACCAGCCUCCCUGUGAAGACCCAGAUGUCACAGUUCACUCCUUAGGUGGUCCUGAAUACUAUAGCAAUGCUCUCAAGGUCGGAAGCACCAGCAAUAGCUGGCGGCAAAGCACCGUCUACCAAGCAGGAUAUAUAUAACGUGCUCGUACAUAUCAAACAAAUGUUCUCAGCAGAGAUACGGAUUGUACAAACGGAGGAGCAUGUCGUAUGUCGCAAUCAUACGUGGGGGGGAGAGUUUUUGUGGAUGUUUCAGGUUGAUUGGUAGUCAAUAAAGUAUCUCUGUCAGCCUCUAAUGCUCUCUUGUAUGCAAUUUUAAAGCAUCUGUUGGGGUAGACCUUAUCUUUGAAUUGUUGUCUCUGGCUGCUGAUAUCUUUGGAAUGACUGGUCGAUCCUCCAAGUGAAAGCUGAAUGCUGUAAGGUGGUGUAGAAGAGCUUGCAUAGCUUGAGCAGACUUACCAGCUCCCCUUUUGUGAGUGCAGCAAUUACCACUUAUAUUAGGAUAAUUUGAAACAUUAUUACACUAUAUGUUACACACUCGAUUUUCAUGAUUUUGAGAUUUUAUAUCACUUACUGUACAAUUUGCACUUUGCAGUUGCACUUUGGUAUAUUUGUGCACUUUGGUUCAUUAUGCACUUUUAGUAGUAUUGUGCACUUUAACUAUAUUGUGAUUUUUUUCACUGUCGCUAUAUUCCACCUUUAUAGUAAUUCUGGUGUAUAUACACGUACUACAUAGUGUUUUAAAGUUACAGCGCACCUUUUUGUAUGUAAUGUUAGACUUGUGUAUUUAAAUUCUAGACCCCUGAUCUAGUCUAAAUCCUUCCACAUAUGACUAGAACAGUGGAGUGACACCCUUUCCCUAAUCGUUCUCCAAACAACACAGAUUUUUAAGAUCUGAAAUAUGGAGUAGUAGAAAUGUUUUAUUCACUCACUGCCCAUGGGAUUUAAACAAGAUACACAGCAUUUAUACAUUGCUUGCAACAUGCAGACACUCCAUACAUCAGUAUCAGUAUCAAGCAGUAUACACAAAAAAACAUUUAAAAAAAACCUCAGAAUCCUAUAAAAAAUGAUCACAUGUCAUGGCUCAAUUUAAAAUGUUUCAGAUACUCUGGAAAGUAUUCUUUUGUAAAUGGUAUGCAUUUAUGGAAAUAUUUCUGAACCGAUCAAAUCCCCCAAAAUAAGUCGUAAUUCCAAGUUUGAAACCUGAUAUGUUUUCACACCCAAAGUGUAAAGUGAAAAUUGUCAGUGACUCAAAGUGAAUUCGAAAAAGUGACUUUGAAAAAAAAUUCAGAUCAGUUUUGUUAUUAGUUUGGCUAUUUUUGUCUAAAAUUAGAAAUUCUCUUUGAAUUCCCACUUUAGUGAAUAACCCUCAAAGUGUUUGGAUAAGCAGAUCAUCUGCCAAUUAUCUAGUGAUGUCAUGCUGCAUUUGUUAUGUCAUUGUUUGACCCAGUUAUUAGCCACUGAUUUUGCUGAAUCCACUCGCUAGUGUAUUUGGAGGCUUUGCGAAAGGUACUCUACUCACUGGUGCAGCAUUUUUAUUCAAAGAAUUUGAAUAUUUUAAUUUCCUAUUGUUUUGCAAUGCCAUUUCUGAAAGUAAGUAAUCUCAUUUUAUUAUGGACUCAAAAUUAUUGAAUGAAAAAAAUAUUUUUAAAUGGUAUUUAAUUAUAAAAUCUAACUGGUUACAAGGAUAAUUAUUUUGAAAAGUGGUGGGCAGAAGUAAUAUCAUUAUUUUUACACAGAGGGACAGUCCAAAUUUUGUACACAACAAUUAAUAUUAGUGUUCUAUGCCAUUUGCUGUCAGUAGUAAUGGAAUGGAGGUUGGGAACAAUAGCUGGUGGACUCCAGGUGAGAAUUCAAAUAAUACGAAAACAGUUUGACUACAUACAGUGGAGGGGAGCGGGUGAGAGGAGAGGCACCAUAAUCACUACAGCAUGUUGCAGUGGUUAUGGUGCUUGGAGUGUUCCUUUGAUGGAGUUACUUCUUUGCAAAGUGAAUGUUGGGACUGGAUGCAGUUAACAUUUUAUUAAGUCUCUUCUCUCAUAUAUAGAAAUGUCAGAUACUCUCUGUUUUCUUUUAUUGUCUCACAUGUAAAUUGAAGUAUCCUGAAAAAGUAUUUAUUUUCAUGUAUAGGGAAAAAAACUUUCAAAACUGAACCAAAAAAACACUUGGAAAUCGCAAGUGAAGAAUGAGAAAGACAUGCAAACUGAAGAAAUACUACUAAAAGGACAGGUAACACCUUUAAUAAUAUGGAAAGCAAAAUCAUUUGCCACUUGAUUUACUAUGCAGAGUAAAUAGCCGUGCCAAGCUUUCAGUUUCCCUCCCUGUGAGCUGCAUACCAAAUCUUUCUCAAUUUAAUUUUAUGAACUUCUAAUCUAGAUCAUCAUUAUUACAUUUCUAUAUACCAUACUAAAUGUUUUUAUUUUCAGAUUAAACUUUCAGAAGAGGAAGUAAUUGCAGCUGAAGUACAAACAGACAGAAAAAUCCUUGUGGACCAGGUAAUUGUAAUUCAAAUAAUAUUGUAUACUCAUGCUCUUCGAGUCUUGCAUAGAUUUUUGCUCUUCAUAUAUUUACAUCAUGAGCAUCUGUAGGUCCAGUGUAUUCAAUCACCACCAAUCUUCACUUCCCAUUCAAACUAAAAAACAAACAAAAAAACAAGGCAACUUGACUAUCCAAAUGUGUAAGUUUGUGUUGUUGUAUAUGUAUGUAUAUAUAUAUUGUUCUAUACUUAUUUUUUCUUUUUGGUCAUCAGUCACUUUAUGCACUUUUUUAAUUCUUUAUAUGCUCUUUAUGGUACCCUUAUAUGCAGUUGCCUAAUUUGUAGGCGGUCUGUGGAAAGAGCCGAUAUUACUAUUGUACCUAUCUCACUUUUUAUACACAUCAGCCACUCUGACCGAUACAUUUAUUUAAGCAUUUUAUAUCACUAUCCGCUGCACGAUCACAGUACAGCGGAUUCUAGCGUCCUGGUUGCCACGGAGAGCCGGUGUUGUUCCAGGUCUACGUGGCAACGGACGUUACGUAACCACGUUGACGUGGGACGGGGCUUGGGCACACAUGCGCGCAGGCUCUCCGAGGACGCCGGUGGUUUCGGCAAUUGUACACUGGUGGGUAAGAUUAUUCUUCUUGAAUUUACCUGCUAAUUAUGCUAAUUUUUCCUGAUUUUAAUUGCUAAUUAUGUUAAUUGGUUUGCCUAUUUAUACAUGUGAAUUGUGAGACAUUAUUGUUUUUCCUGAUGAAAGUCCCAGAGGAGGACUGAAACGUUGAGCUGUCAGCAAUCUUUUUUAUUAUUUUGCAUUAAACUUUGGAUGUUUUAACCUAUUAAUAAAUCUGUGAGUGCUGGUCACCUUUGCUAUAUAUAUAUAUAUAUAUAUAUAUAUAUAUAUACACACACAUACACACACACACAUAUAUAGUAUGCAUAUCUGAGUGCAAAUGUGUCACAGUUUAUGUAUAUGUCUGAAUGCAUGUAUGUGUAUGUCUACAUGUGUGCAUGUUUAUAGUGUGUGUGUGUGUGUGCACGCAGUGUACGUGUUUAACAGUGUGGAUAGCAGCAUGAGUAGCAGUGUGUGUAGCAGCAGCGUGUUGUAGUAAUGUCUGCUUGUGUUUAGUGUGGGUAGCAGUAUAUGUCUGUGUCAAUAAGAGCAUGUGUGUGCUAGUUUGUUUAGAAGUGUAUGAAUAGAGUGUGUGUGUGUGUGUGUGUGUGCGCGCAAGCCAAAAUAUGUUCUAAUAAUGUGUGUGUCAGUAUGGCUUUGUGUGCCUGUUAUGCAUUUCGGAGUUGGCCAUUCUGGUCCCAGUCCUCUCUCCUAACUCUGCAGAACAUGUUUGUGUUCAGUCUAAGGGGGCGGGGCCAGCUCAGAUCAUUGUGUUCAGUCUAAGGGGGCGGGGCCAUGCAAGGAUCACUGUUCAGUCUGAGGGGGCGGGGCCAUGCAGGGAUCACUGCAUUCAGUCAGAGGGGGCGGGGUCAUGCAGGGAUCACUGUGUUCCGUCUGAGGGGGCGGGGCCAUCAGAAUGUAUACAGAGAUCAUACAGCAUCCUCUGUUCUAGUCAGAAAACACCUGGCAGGAGAUAAGGAGGGGCUUUUCACAAACACAGCAGGAGCCCCCAUCAGACAUGGGACUGUGUGCAGCUUCCCACUCUGCCUAAUAGGAAAUCAGACCCUGGCUCAGGAUAUAUUUUUGAUAUUGAUAUUAUUUGAAGUAAUUGAAUUGACUCUCUUCUUUUCUUUUCAUAGUCUAUUCUGUGCAAUGUGGUGACAAUAACCGAAGAUUAUUCAGAGUCAACAGGGGAGACAUACAGUGCUCCUAAAGAGGUAAUAGACUAAACAGUAUUUAUAGUUUACUAAUUAGAUUAAAAGAACACCCCCACCCCCAUAACAAAUUCAGCUAAUUAUUUUGUGAGUGUCCGGGUGUACACUUUCUCUCAAUGGGCAGUCAGUGAUAGGCUAAAAGUGACAGCUGACUCUCAGUCUAUAACUUGCUGUCUGGCGAAACAUUCUUCAUACUGUGGAGGGAAUGAGGAUGAAAGCUGGGCAGCAGAGGUUUAUGGGGCACAUGCUUGAAUUUCAGGGUUAAAACAUUGCAAAACUGUUGAUUCCUGAAUGUAAGAAGGCACCUGGACUUUCUUAAACCCAUACCUUCAAUGAGCAGAAGAAGAGGAGGGUGGUAGGAUCCCUUUAAUUUUUAGAACACAGUGGUAGAGAUGUAAUGCUAAUAUUUUGUGUUUACUUUGUUAGAUUUUGUCAAAGAAAAAAGAUGUUAAUGAAAGCAGAAGCUUUCUGUAUAAAAUGUUCUGGUGCUGCUCUAACUGCUACAAGAACACUGAUGAAGAAAUCGCCGUCCCCAUUGCAGUGAAAACCGUGGAAGAAUAG